AUGGCGCUGCUGGCGCUGCUGGCGCUGGGUCUGUGUGCAGCAGCAGCAGCAGCAGCAGCGGCGGCGGCGGCGGGGGCGGCGGAGUGUCCGUCCGCGUGCCAGUGCUCGCCGCGCGCCAACCGGCCGGGCCUGCAGGUCGAGUGCAAGACGCGGGGGCUCACCGCGGUGCCGGCGGCGCUGCCACGAGCCACCGAAGUGCUCAACAUGGGCCAGAACAAGAUCGGGCGCCUGGGCGCGGGGACGCUGAGGAAGAUUCCGAACCUCCGCAGCCUCAACCUGGAGCACAACCGGCUGAGAGAGCUGCACCCGGACGCCUUCGCCGGGACCACGAAACUCGUGACCCUCAACUUCUACGACAACCAGCUGGGGGAGCUGCCCGCCGGCGUCUUCCGGAACCUCGUCUCGUUGCGCUACCUCCUCAUCGGCAAGAAUCAGGUCCUCUCGCUGCAGCCCGAUGCCCUCCGCGGCCUGGGCAACCUCACCGACCUGGACAUGCCGCUGAACAACGUGUCGCGCCUGCCGGCGCUGCUCUUCCGGCACGCGCCGCGCCUGCGCGUGCUGGACCUGGCGUACAACCGCGUCACGCGCGCCUCCCCGCUCGCGCUGCGUGGCCUGCGCCGGCUGGAGCUGCUCAACCUGGGCGGGAACCGUCUGAGCGCAGUGCCGCCCGGCCUCUUCACGGGCCUGCGCCGGCUCGACAUGCUGGUGCUCGACAACAACCGGCUCGCGGGCGUGGGCGGGCAAGCGCUGCGUGGCCUGGCCGUUCUCACGCAGCUCUACCUCAGUAACAACCGCCUGCGGCACGUGGCGCCGGCCGCGUUCCGCCACACGCCGAGACUCACACAGCUGGCGCUGAGCGGGAACUGCCUCGCCACGCUGGAUGCCGGCGCGUUGGCGCGACUGUCCGGGCUGCAGCAAGUCUUCCUGCACGACAACCCGUGGCGCUGCGACUGCUCCGCAACGCCGCUGCUGGGCUGGCUGCUGAACUCGCGCGUGCGCCUCUUCCCCAACUCGUCGCUCGUGUGCGCCGCACCGCCCGGCGUUCGGGGCCAGAGCCUCCACGCACUGUCACCGUCGGCGCUGGGAUGCGAGCGCAGCCGCUCGGCCCCACGCGCCCGCCUGCCCGCGCGCCGCGGCUAAAAUCCGCUGAGCAGCACGGCUCGAGCCCCCGUGGCAGAGGACCAUCUGAUACGUAGUGGAGUUCUAUAGCGCAGGGCUGGGGAAGCUUUCACACCCUGCGGGCCGAAUAGGACUUCCAAAUACCUUUGGCGGGCCACGCAUCGGCACACAGGGUCGCGUUAUCCAAUAAUGUCAACGGGAACGCGCAUGUUCACCGAGUGUAGGGGGGCCCUUGCAGUGGCAGAAGUGACUUAGCACAGCGCUGAAACGAUACACGCAGCGUUGUUGCCAGGUCAUAAAUAUUCCCCUCUAGUACCCGAUUAGUGCUACUAGGCUGCGUGCAGUGAUGGAUAAAUAUCGUUUGCAGACUGUUUUGAAGUGGCAAGCCUCAUGUGUCCACGGUCACAUGAAAUGAUUUCACGAGCCACCCCUUAGCAUAUAUAUGCGACACAACAUCAAGAUAUAGUAC